CGGGGAGGGGGAGGCGGCGCGGCGCGGCGCUGCUCCGCGGGCGGGCGCGCGCGGCUAAUCGCGGCACGUGGGCCGGGGCGAGGCCGGCGGCAGCGGUAGCAGCAGGAGCAGCAACAGCAUGGCGCAGCUCACGGCGCGGUUCCGCACCGAGAACCAGAGGUACGCCGUGGAGGAUGUCCCCUUCUCGGUGCCCGCGGCCUCCGAGACUACCGACCUCAGCCACCUCAUCAACAAGCUGCUGGCGGCCGGCCACGCGGAUCACAAAUAUGUGGAAUUUGACUUCCUUAUCAAUGGCCAGUUCUUGCGUGUGCCGCUCGUCACACACAUGGAAAUGGAAAAUAUCUCCACCGAAGAAGUAGUGGAAAUAGAGUAUGUGGAGAAAUAUAUGGCCCCUCAGCCAGAGGAAUGCAUCUUCCAUGAUGACUGGAUCAGUUCUGUUCAAGCCACUGAAGAAUGGAUAUUAACUGGCUGCUAUGAUCAGACUGCUCGAAUUUGGUCUUUGGAAGGGAAAUCCAUCAUGACAAUAGCUGGUCAUACAGAAGUAGUAAAGGAUGUGGCAUGGGUGAAGCAAGAUAGCUUAUCGUGCCUGUUACUCAGUGCCUCUAUGGACCAAACUGUCCUGCUCUGGGAGUGGAAUGUGGAGAAAAACAAAGUGAAAGCCCUUCACUGCUGCAGGGGACACGCUGGGAGCGUAGACGCCAUAGCUGUUGAUUGCACAAGAACUAAAUUCUGCAGUGGAUCCUGGGAUAAGAUGUUGAAGAUCUGGUCUGCAGUACCAACAGAUGAAGAGGAUGAAAUGGAAGAAGCAGCUAACAGACCACGGAAGAAGCAGAAAACUGAACAGUUGGGACUAACGAGGACGCCCCUGGCAACCCUCUCUGGCCACACAGAAGCUGUCUCCUCUGUGCUGUGGUCAGAUGCUGAAGAAAUUUGCAGUGCAUCAUGGGACCACACCAUUAAACUCUGGGAUGCUGAGACUGGAGAUCUCAAAUCAACUUUGACAGGAAACAAAGUAUUUAAUUCUGUCUCCUACUCACCACUGUGUCGACGUCUUGCAUCCGGGAGCACUGACAGACAUAUUAGACUAUGGGAUCCUCGCAGCAAAGAUGGCUCCUUGGUUCUCCUGUCUCUGACGUCUCACACAGGCUGGGUGACGUCUGUGAAGUGGUCACCCACCCAUGAGCAUCAGCUGAUCUCUGGUUCUCUGGACAACAUUGUGAAGCUCUGGGACACAAGGAGUUGCAAAGCUCCUCUGUAUGACUUGGCUGCUCAUGAAGACAAGGUUUUGUGUGUGGACUGGACAGAAGCAGGGUUGCUGUUGAGUGGAGGUGCAGACAACAAACUGUAUUGCUACAGAUACCCAGCUACAGCCUCUGAUGUUGGAGCAUGAAGAUCAACAGCCAGAAGACACUUUAUUUUUAAAUAUUUCUGCAGCAGUCGCUCUCUGUUAGCAUCCCUACACAACCAGCAUCUAAAAAAAGGCAUUUUUUUGUUGCUCAGAGAGCUGUUGUUCCUGGUUUUUGUAUUGGUAAUGUAUAUCCAUAUUUGUCACAGAAAAAUGGUAAUAAGCAGUUACGAAUUGAGUUCGUGUGAAACAAAGCAAAAGGUGUUUCCUCCCUUUUUGAUGGCUUUGAAUUAACAUCUCUUAAAUGACUAUUUUAUAGCCCUUUUAAUAAGGGGUAAGCUGUUCCUGAUACUUACAGAAAAAUUACUCAGUGGAUUAAAUUAUUUUUUUGAGUUUACCUGCUUUCCCUUGGAAAAAAAAAUAAAGCUUUUAUCUCAGUUCA